CUGUGUUCUAAAUAAAUGACCAGAAAGACAGAGUUGCAUGGUAGUCAUUAUGAAGGACACGCCCAAGUGCUACCCAGAGUCGUGCGGUGUAUGGGACCUGGAGUAGGCACUAAUUGACAGCAUAGGUGCUAGCGCCCUGCUAGCUAGUUUAGCUGCUCAAAGUAUAGGUAGUCUCUCUCCUCCACGCCAGGGGUCAUUACAAUAUUAAUACCUGCUUAAAGAUGAAUAACAGACAAGUAAUAUUUCAGGAACAGUCAUCUUUUUUUUUUUUUCUUUUUUUUUUACCUUUUCUUUUCUUCCAGAACUGGGGAAGUGACUUCUCCUGUGUGAACCUUGCUCCAUCUGAGACUGUGCCAACGUCAGUUCACAAGCUGAGAGCAGCAGACAUCAAGGUGGUGGCAGCGCUGGGAGACUCUGUAACUGCAGGAACUGGCGCUAAAGCAAAGAGCCUGCUUCAACUCAAUAAAGCAUAUGCAGGUGUAUCAUGGAGCAUCGGAGGAGAUGCGACUCUGGCAACUGUCACGACACUACCAAACAUCUUGAAGAAGUUCAACCCCUCCUUAGUGGGCUUCUCCAAAGAUCAGGGCUUAAAACAGAAUGGCUUCAACAUGGCUGAACCUGAAGCUAAGGCCUCAGAGAUUCCAGUACAAGUACAAGCUCUCAUCAAAGCCAUGAGAGAAAAUAAAGUGAGACUUCUACAGAACUGAAUAACUUUUAUAAUUUUCUGCAAGCCCGAGUCUGAUCACCUCUUUCUUUCAUGCUCAUGUUCUGUACACAUGCUACACAGGAGGUGAACUUUGACAAAGACUGGAAACUUGUCACAAUAUUUGUGGGGGGAAAUGAUCUUUGCCAUUAUUGUAUAGACCAAAAUAAUCUAUCCCCCAAGAAUUACAGUCACAAUCUUAUGCUCAGCUUGGACAUGCUCUACAAAGAGAUACCAAGGCUCUUGGUUAACGUUGUGGCGAUCUUUCAGAUAGAUGCACUGAAAACAGUUAAGAGGAACACACUGGGUUGUUCACUACUUCAGAGGAACAGCUGUCCCUGUGUUAUCAACCCAGAUGAAAAUUCUCCAGAGCUUGAGGAGAUAAAACGAAUCAAUCAUGAGUAUCAGGUUGAGAUUCAGUAUCUUAUUUCUGGAGAUCGCUAUGAAGGAAAAGAAGACUUUGCUGUUGUCCUUCAGCCCUUUUUACAACAUUUUUUUAUCCCUCAUAUUGGAAAGGGUGAGGCUGACCCGAGUUUCUUCUCGGUUGACUGCUUUCACCUCAGUGAGAGAGCUCACGCUGAGAUGGCCAUUGCUCUCUGGAAUAAUAUGUUGGAGCCUGUAGGCAGGAAACAAGCAUACAACAACUUCACAUAUGAUCGUUCCAAGAUUCGCUGUCCCUCUGAGGCCAAUCCUUUCAUCUUCACUAGAAUCAACAGCCAGCCAAGUCCACCAGUGACUAACACCACUGCUGCUCCAGACACGGACACUAACAUUACCACCAGCAGCACCGGCACUGCACCAUCCAUCUCUCUGCCCAUGUGUUCCUCCUCCAUCCCUGUAUGGGUGCCAGUGGCUGUGGGAAUCAUCAGUUUACUGACUGGCAUUGCUGUUGCCUGGCUACUUCGCGCCUACAUUCGGUGUUCAAAAAACAAACAGGAGAGAGUGGUAGAAAUGAAAGGAACUAGUUUUUAAUGCAAUUGUUCUAUAGUAUGAUUUAGCCUUGUUGUUGCAUCACAUACAUUUUGAAUAGAAAGUACAUUCUAGAAGAAAUACCCUACAGAAGCAGCAACAUCAAUGAGCUAUCAAAUCAAAUCAAUUUUAUUUAUAUAGCACUUAAAAAACAUCCAGUUGACCAAAGU